AGAAGAAGAAGAAGAAGAUGGGAAGCAGAACCCGACCCCGCCUCAGUUCUUCACCCCGCCGCGCGGCACCUACCUCCCCUGGUCCGGCGGCCCCCGCGUGUGCCCGGGCCAGAAGAUGUCCCAGGUAGAGUUCGUCACCGUCAUGGCCACGCUCUUCCGCAAGUGCACCGUCGAGCCGGUCCCGCGGGCGGGCGAGAGCGCGGACCGCGCGCGGCAGCGGCUGCUGGACCUGACGCGGGACAGCCAGCCCAUCCUCACGCUGCAGAUGAACCGGCCCGACGAGGUACGUCUGAGGUGGAAAAGGCGAUGAGGGGAGGAAAGGAAAAAAGUAAGGAAAAAAAGAAAAAGAAAAAGAAAAAGUCAAGUCGCGUCAGUGGAAUACGAAACCAUGUCGUCAGCUGGCCAGAGUAAACAUGAUAC